GUGGAGCGUCACAGCGCCCGUGUCCGUCCCCCAGUCACAGUGAAAGUUGUCUCCGCUUGGAAAAGCGGGGGUUCGGGACUUGCUUGUUUCCACCGGCCGCUGCUUCACACACGCUUUCUCCCGGAGAGAUGAGGCGGAAAGAGAAGAGGCUGCUGCAGUUCGCCGGGCUGCUCAUAGCGGCUCUUCUUUUCCUCCCCAACGUCGGGCUGUGGUCUUUGUACCGGGACCGAGUGUUCGACAACUCGCCCGACACAGUGGACGGACCGGGCGGCAUCCCCCUGAUACAGGGGGUUAACCGGGUGGGAAAGGAUGCUCAGGUGGGACGUGACGGCGUGCGGAGAAAAGACUGGCACGAUUAUGAAGCGAUCAAAAGAGAUUCAUCUCGAUCUGGUAACGGUGAACAGGGGAAGCCGUUCCCUCUGACAGACGCUGACCGGGUCGACCAGGCCUACAGGGAGAACGGCUUUAACAUUUAUGUCAGCGACCGGAUCUCCCUCAACCGCUCCGUCCCUGACAUCCGCCAUCAAAAUUGUAAACAGAAGCUGUACGCAGAGAAGCUGCCCAACACCAGCAUCAUCAUCCCGUUCCAUAAUGAGGGCUGGUCGUCGCUGCUGAGGACCGUUCACAGCGUUCUCAACCGCUCUCCUCCACAGCUCAUAGCAGAGGUCAUCCUGGUCGACGACUUCAGCGACAAAGAGCACUUAAAGGUGGCACUAGAGGAGUACAUGGUGCGGUUGCCGAAGGUUCGCAUCCUGAGGACCAAGAAGAGGGAGGGGCUGAUCAGGACUCGUCUGCUGGGAGCCGCCGCUGCUAAAGGAGAAGUCAUCACCUUCUUAGACUCCCACUGCGAGGCCAACAUCAACUGGCUGCCUCCAUUGCUGGACCGAAUCGCGCAAAACAGGAAAACCAUUGUGUGUCCGAUGAUCGACGUGAUCGACCAUGACAACUUCGGCUACGAGACGCAGGCAGGAGACGCCAUGCGAGGGGCGUUUGACUGGGAAAUGUACUACAAACGGAUACCCAUCCCUACAGAGCUACAAAAGGACGACCCCAGUGAACCCUUUGAGUCGCCUGUGAUGGCAGGUGGACUGUUUGCUGUGGACAGGAAGUGGUUCUGGGAGCUGGGAGGAUACGACACAGGUCUGGAGAUCUGGGGAGGAGAACAAUAUGAGAUCUCAUUUAAGGUAUGGAUGUGUGGUGGUCGGAUGGAGGACAUCCCUUGCUCCAGGGUAGGACACAUCUACAGGAAGUACGUCCCCUACAAAGUUCCUGGUGGGGUCAGCCUGGCCAGGAAUCUGAAGCGCGUGGCAGAGGUGUGGAUGGACGAAUACGCUGAAUACGUGUACCAGCGUCGGCCCGAGUACCGCCACCUGUCAGCGGGAGACAUGACAGCCCAGAAGGAGCUGAGGAACCACCUCAACUGCAAGAGCUUCAAGUGGUUCAUGAGCGAGGUGGCCUGGGACCUACCCAAACACUACCCACCGGUGGAGCCUCCUGCUGCAGCGUGGGGCGAGGUUCGUAACGUGGGCAGUGGCAUGUGCAUGGAGAGUAAACACUUUGUAUCAGGAAGUCCCAUCCGCCUGGAGAGCUGUGUGAAGGGGCGGGGCGAGGUGAGCUGGAGCCACGGACAGGUGUUCACAUUCGGCUGGAGAGAGGACAUUCGGGUGGGUGAUCCCAUGCACACUAAAAAAGUCUGCUUCGAUGCCAUCUCCCACAACAGCCCUGUGACCCUGUACGACUGUCACGGCAUGAAAGGCAACCAGCUGUGGCGCUACAGAAAGGAUAAGAGUCUGUAUCACCCCGUCAGUAACAGCUGUAUCGACUGCAACCCGACUGAGCGGCGAGUCUUCAUGAACACGUGCGACCCCUCCUCCCCCAACCAGCAGUGGCUGUUUGAGAGAACCAACGCCACCGUGCUGGAGCACUUCAACCAGGGCACCAACUAAUGCCCUGCAGCAUCCUCAGAAAGAAAACAGACUCCUGACACAUGCAGACGUGGAUCUUCUGCUGCUGAUGCUGCUGCUGCUGCUGAUGCUGUGAAAUCGGGUUUUACAUUUACUCUAGUUCCCCAUUUACCUGGCGCUGAGGUGACAGCUGUUUCUCUUCUUGGGCUGCGCAGUGUGAGGCUGGGUGGGAUACCGUGGGGGAAGUUGGUUAAACACAUCCAUUAGACGAAAGACUGAGUUGAGUUCUGAUUGAUGGGUGUGUGUUUAAAAGUGACUUUGUGUGUGAAAUGCAUUUGUUCUGUCACAGCACCGCUGUGGUGGUGGGUCCAUCUCACUUCCUGAUUUUGCUGUUGAUUAGUUAUAGGACAUUCCUCUCCUCUCUUUUCUCAUUUCUGUCUUUUUUUUUAAAUUUCUCUGCCUUUAUUUAUUGCCUUUCUUUCCCUCACUGUUCCCUCUAUUCCCCCUCUAUGUCUAUCUACCUUUAUCCUCUGUCUCCAUCUCUUUCCCCUCCCUGUCUCUCCCACUCCGCCUCUGCCCGCACGUCCGUCUCUAUCUGCCUGCAUGACUGCAUCUUUGCCCACCUUCUUCAUUCUCCCUCUCAAAUCCCCUUAUGUCUCUCCAGCUCUGACAAUGUCCCUGGGGGGGCGGCGGGAGAGGGGGGCUCCUGCUGAGCCAAAGUCAUCCUGACACCUGGGUGAAGCCAGGCAGAACCACUCUGAAAAUCACCUGGUGAAUUGAUUCUCCUUUACAACCCUCAUCCACCCUCUGUUCCUUCCUUCAUCCUCCCCUCGUGUCUCCUUCGCCCCCGCCCUCCAUGGCUUGUAGUUUCCCCCGGUUGGCUCUCCCUCUCUCUGUCUGUGGCCGAUUUUGGCACAGCCACUUUGAAUGUAGCAGGUGGAAGUUAACAGAAAGAAAGUGUAAAGGGAAAGAGAUGGCAGUCUUUUUUUUAAUGCCCCUUGCUCCUUUUUGCUCUGCACUGUUCUUCCCUCGCUGUAUUUAUCGAUGAGUUGUCUGCAGGUUUGUCACUCUGCCACGUUAUUCCUCAGAAGCGAGCGCUGUCGAGCAUCAGGGUGUGUGCGGUCCAACUCUUGCUGGCUAAGGGCUUGUUUGUUGUUAUGAUGGUGCUGGUGGGGGCAGGAGCUGCUGUCACACCUCUCAGACUCUCCCCUCGCUUUCUGUGUGCCCUUUGCCGCUCCCAACCCGACUCCGCCAAUCAGUCGCCGGAACGACCUCGUCGCACACGGCCGAGCAGGGGGUCACGUCACGGCGCAAAGCAGCAGGCAGGACCGCAAACCGACUCCUGCCCGCCUGGCUGGAUGACUAGCUAUGUGACUGGCAGGCCAGCUGAUUCACAGCAGGGCCGCCUGAUUGGCCGGCUGCCGAGCUGACACAUCACUUUAGCGUACAGUGUGAGCAGGAGGGGAGACGAAUUGGGGAAUUACUCUGGAUAGGCUCGCAGAGGUAGCUCUGGGAUUGAGACAAAUGUGGGGGUUUAAAAUGCAUAAAGCACUUGUGUAAUGAUAAACUUGAAUGAAAUCUUAGUGCCUUGUUGGAAGAGGACAGAAAGUGUGUGUGUGUGUAGGUGUGUGUGUGUGUGUGUGUGUGUGUGGGUGUCUAUAAUCAGCGUAGGGGACGAUUCACUCAAUUCAGGAAGUGACUUUUCUUGGAAACUGAGAAUCUCCUGAAUCUCAUUUAGAACUGAACAUGAAUUGACCUCGACUCUGGUGCAGGACAUCGAAGGCAUCACCGGCGUUGCGACUCUUCUAACGGCUUUCUCGAUGAACACACAUGUAACUGCUGGCUGUGAAUAGAGCUUUUUUUUUUCCACCAUAUUUUCCUCCUGCCUUGAAAAGUUAACUAUAGCCCUAAGAAGCCCUCUGUUCUAUUUGAAUCAUGACAUGAUGCUGUUGUGUUCUUUUUCCCACCUAUUCAAUCCAAAGGAAUUUCUAUGGGAAAGGGAAUUGUUGUUGUUUACCACCUUUUUAAAUCCCCUUUGUUUGUUUUUUUUAAAGAAAUUUAUUUUCAUCUUUUGUUUCCAUACUGUGUUUCAGCUGAUGGUGAUUUAGUUUGAAAUCCUGCUCGACAUGAUGUUCUGGGAUGUUCUGGUCUGUCGCCUGCACCCUCCUCUAAUCCGAUUAUGUGAAGCAGAACAAUGUACAGUGUGUGCCGUUUUAAUCAUCACUUAUAGGUAUUGUGCUCUGUUAGAUUUUAGUCGGUUGUAGACCAAAACUAAAAAGUCAGAUCCUCGACAUUAGUCGAGGUACUUUUUAAGCCACAAAUCAGACUUGCUCGGUCACAUUAGAAUUUACAUUUGUUGUGCAAGUUAGACCUUUCCAGAUGAUUAUAGUAAUAAAUAGUAUGAAACACAAAUAUGUAAAAGCAAGAAAGUUGCCAAAAAAACCUGACUUGAAAUUGCACAUUAUAUCAUUAUGAACUUAAACAUCCAUCUAUCGACAGCUAAGACGCUUUAGUCAUACAUUUUUGUUUGUGAACACAAAUCCUUUACAAUUAAUAGGAGUCCCUAGCUGGAGAGCAGAGUUAGAGCAGUAGCUGUUCUAAUGUUUAUAUUUUUAUUAUUUCCAUCAAAAAGUAGAACAAGUUCUUCAAAUAGACAGUUUAAACUUCAAAAUCCAUACUGGUGAGCAUUGAAAUUAGUUAUUCAUCUUUUAAGUCUAUUUAAAAUACAAAUACAUUACACUGCUGCUUCACUCCUAAGAGGAAUUUUUGGGAAAAUCCUUUACUAAAGCAAGUUUAGUAGGUUUAUACAGUCGUGGGUACUGGUCAGCAAGAUGCCACCUUCACACUGAAAGCAGAACAAGUAUUUUCCAUGGAUUUGGAAACUGGCUCAACCAUUAUUUUAUUUGCUAAUUGAAAAUCUAUGAUAUCCAUUAGAUAUCUUUUUAGUCAGCUGUCUACUUUUCUUCAGACGUUUUAAUUAAAAACCAAAGUUGCAAAGUGUAUAAAAAAGGUGAUUAACAGUAUAUGCAUAACUUCCCACCCAUCAUGUAUGUCUCUUAUCUGACAAAUGACAGUCUUACAUCUUGUUUUAUUUGUUUAUUUGUCAUCAUUUUAUUCAACUCUGUGAAAAUCCUGACGUUGCAGAGUGUUGAAUAUAGUUCAGGGUUUCUCUGUGUCUUUUUCCCCCUGACCUUCUGGCUACACGCCUGGACAACUUGUAAAUUGUCAGAUUGUUAAGAGGUGAGUGUGAAUUGUUGCAGCAGAACACUGAGUCACUGUUGUAACCAAGUUUCCAAUAGAGAACCAAGCUAAACACCCAUCUGACCUUUAUACACCCUGAUUCCAUUCAAGUUUCUUACAUUUCUUCUUUGCACCACGAUAAGAGGGUUUUAAAAUGUUUAAAAGUUCUUUUCAGAUCAGUAGUGCAAUCUGGGUUUUUCAAUCAUGCAACUUUAUUGUGAAGGACUGCUUGACACAAACACUGUACUUGCUUGUUAUGUAGAGAGUUGGAUACAUAAGGCAACAUUCUGGGCUGAACUGAGACACUGGUAUUAUUUUUCCAUUAUGAUGAAACAUGUGCGACAUCUGAAUUAAACUCACCAAGAACAUGCUCAAGGAUGCACUAAUCAAUUUUAUUUCAUAUUAACAAUGAAUCAAACGGCUACAUGUUUCCAGCAGCAGCUGUUAUCACCAAAUAACAUCUCAUAAACCCACUGAAUACCACCUGCCCAGCACCAAAGAGCAGACCGGCAGAAGCAGCGGUGGAAACAGUGGAACAUUCGAGGCGAGGAUAUAGAGUGAAUAUUGGAAACACAACACGACUUCAAAGUUUAUUGUGGCUAACAAUAGCAACAUUAUAAGGUGAUUAUGUUGGGUCUGUGUCUGUCAGUUUGUUGGAGAGUUCUUCUGCCCCCAGGUGGCCAAAAAAUAUCAAUUAAUGCAGCUUUAAGCGCUAUCUCACAAUACAAGCUCUAAUUCAUAAAAAACACUUUUGGCCUUUUUCCCACUUUGGCCACCUCAGUAAUUACUUAAUAUAUUUUAUAAUUUAAUUCCACAGCUCUCAGUAUCAGGCUUGCGUUCAGUCUAUAUUUAUUUAAGGAUCUCCUUUAUUCAAAAAUAUCCUUGUGUUGUGUUUUUGACUACUGAAAUUUCAGACCUUGACUUCACUGAAUACACUUCCUUAAAAAUCUGAUAUUCAGCCGCACCCCGGGGCAAGAACAGAUCCAGUGCAUAACAAGCUCAAAAGCCAGUCGCUGUCUUGCAAAUGCCACUGGCAAAGACACCUGGAACCUCCAGCGCAGAGUGGGCUUAUCAGCACAGAGAGCGAGACGUUGCACUAGCAUAGGGAAAGUUCUGACAGCAGACUUGGAGUGUGCAGUUUUUGGAUGGAAACCGGACCCUCAAGCUUCCUCCCAUUUACUACCUUGUGACAAUGUGAACACACUGUAACAUUGUAGCAGAUAUUACAUGUUUCACAACCACUAACGCUGUGUCAGCCACUGCCAGUUCGGAGCUAAUAAAUAAUAUAAAUAAAAGAUGCAGACAGACUCCUCAUCUGGAUAUCACUGAGGUUCAGACACAAAGGCUCUCAGUGAGGGGAGAAAGAAUGCAUCAAGCCCCUUCUCAGAGUUUAGUUUUAUGUGGGAAAACCAUUUUUACAAGUCUGGUCUGUAAGUCUGAAAUUACAGAGGCAGAUGUUGACAAUGAUAAUGAACUGCUCUGUGGAACAGAUUCAGGGGAACUGAAGCAAACUAGAUAAUGUCAAAGAAGUGAUAUGAACCUCUGUGGACACUGCUUUGUUUUACACAAUGUCCAUCUUCCAAGCAUCUAUUUACAGGGCAGUUCAUUUGAACUGUAGAAAAGAGAAACAAAACAAUAGAUUUUCGCUGCAAAAAUUUUACUUAAAUGAUUUCUCUGAGUAAAAGCUUUGCCCAAGAUGUUGCUAACAGUAUCCCUAAAGUUUCUUAAUUGAAUAAGCUUUUGAAAGUAUUUAAUUAUCAGAGUAUAUUGUACCUUUCCAUUGCACAUGUAAAGUUUGUUUUAUUACAUAAAACUGUAACUUGGGUCGAGUAAAGAGUCUUAAUGGUGACAGUUUACAUUUGCUUUAUUCCAGCUUUUAUCCACUGUGGUAAAGUAUUAAAACCUCGUAUUACUGUGUAUCCACUCCUUGAUAACCAUUUAACCGUGUAAAAAAAUACAGUUCAAGCAUACAAACACAUUUGUUCUUGUAUUCACAAUGCUCUCCACAGUUUAUGGGAUAAGGCCUUUGUAAAUGUGCUGCCCUUUUUUGUUGUGAUAAAAAAAAAUACACACAUUUUUUUGGUGAAUUUUCUUUUUGCCCCAUGUUGUUGUGGUCAGACUGAAAUCUGUUGAGCAAUGUAAAGAAAUGUCAUUUUAUAAAAGCAAAGGUUUUUAAUGUCCACGGCCAGCAUCGGUCAGUCACACAAUGUUGUGUAACGUGUGUGAAUUUUGGUGUAGGGAAGUGUAAAUUUUGUAUCUCAUGAAAAAUAUCCAAUAUUUUUUUCUACUGACAUUGCAACUGUAAAAGUGUAUUUAGAUAUUUAACAAACUGUACAAUUAAACUGGAAUUGUAUGAUAUUUUUGCUGAAAUUGUAAAAUAAAAAGGUUUCUAUAUUUGGAUGAAAA